AUGAAAACUGCAGCCAGCUUUGUUGGAUGCAUUCAGACUGUUGUCCUGAAUCAUCGCGAGGUCGGUAUCCUCGCAGAGGCACUCGGGGGAGUAAACGUGGGUAAUUGCGGUCACGCUUGUGAAGCCCGUCCGUGUGGUGAUGCCGAGUGCCGGCCUCUGAGAGAGAGGUUCACGUGCAGAUGUCAUCCGGGUACGCCACAUCCAUGCCCAGCGCCAGAAGAAUUUAUUUCAUCACUUCCCGAGCCCUCACUCCCAUCCCUGCCCAGCACCAGUGUUUCCAUGUUGCUCACUAAAUUCGAAAGAAGCGUUCCCAGCUUCACUGGAACCGACAGCUAUCUUCAUUACAGCGAUGCUGAUACCAUGAAGAGGAUAAUAAGUUACCGAGUGGACAUAAACAUGAGAUUCAGAACAAGUAGCAGUAAUGGGUUGCUACUUUGGAGUGGAAGGCAAUCAGAUCCUCAAGAACAGCGUGACGAAAACGAGGACUUUCUUGCGCUUGGCUUGAACCAGGGCUACCUUACAUUGGCGUAUAAUCUUGGCUCUGGAGAGGCUGUACUUAGAUACAAUCUCACUAGAUUGGAUGACGAUCUGUGGCACCGCAUUAGGGCCGUAAGAAAUGAACAAUGGGCGUCAUUAGUCGUAGAUAGUGGAACAGGUGUAUCGGCAUCAUCACCAGGACAAUUGAGAGAAUUAAAUACUGAUACCGGUCUCUACAUAGGUGGAGCGCCCGAUGUAGUGAGAACAACGGACGGCCGAUAUACAAGAGGGAUCGUAGGAUGUAUCAGUGAUCUAGUGUUAGACUCGGAUUUCUCGGUGGUGCUCUCAUCGCCCGAACAGGCCACCAACACGCACUCGUGCAUCCCCUGA